AUGGGAAACUGCAUAUCGUUCAUUAGUUACUCCAAAUUUAAAUUUAAAAAAAAAAAGUACGUGCAGUCCGAUGUGGAUUCCAACCCCGAAUAUGAACGCGCAGCUGAUAGUAAUGCAUACCAUAGGAGUGAAAAGAGCCGAAGGGGGAAGGACCCCGGGGGGGAAGGUUCAACUGUGUACCAAUCCAGCUGGGUUAGUGACAGAUUUAAUGAAGCUUAUAAGGACGGUUCAAUACAUGUUCACUCCAGAACCCCCAGUGACAAUGACAAAAGUGAGGAAGAAAUGGAUGAGCAACGUCGAGCUAGUCAGCAUAUUAGCAACUCUUCCAGUGACCAAUCUGACGUGCUGAUGAUAAACGGGAAAGGUAAAAAGAAAGGGAAGAAAAAAGCCAAACGGCAGAGUAAAAGGAGAAGCGAAGUUGAUCCAAGGGAGGAACACACAAAUGAAGCAGAUAAGAAUGAACACAAAUCGUAUAUGAAUGGAAAAAUACAACUGGACUCAUCCAAGGGGAAGAAGAAAAAGGAGGUUCCCCAAAGUGGCUCCUCAAAUGAAGAUGAUACAAACGGAACGUAUAACCACCAUGUAGACGCACCGUCGAAGAAGAACUCCUCAUUUUAUAGCAACCUAAUUAACACCAACGAUCUGUGCAAAAAAAACAAAAGAGAAAAUUUACUCAAUAUAAAAUACAGCAAUAUGAUUUUAAACGACAUAAGAGAUGUGGAUAUCAUUGUCGUCUUUCUGUUUAGCUUGUUCCUCUACUUCAAUGCGAACAACAUAGUGGACAUGCUGGACCCAAAUAAAAAGGAUAGGUACGCGCUUAGAAAUUCAUUGAAUAUAAAUCACGAUAUUAUGAAAUUUCCCACUUUUCCGAAAGAAAUUAUUGACAGCUUUUUAAAAAACGAUUUUACCUUGCUAAAAAAGUAUAUAAAAAAUAAAUGCAAUAAGUUGAAAAAGAAGUAUAAGAGUACCUAUCUGAAGAAGGUCGUGGGGAGUGACGAAGAGGGGGAAGAUCAACAACAAAAUGGACAACCGCAUCAGAAGGAGGAAAAAUGUGUGAAGAAGAAAAACUUUAAAUACGAAUUGAAGAGGAAAAAGGAAAAAUGUUCCUUUUCGAAAAUUGUCGAAUCGGUUGACAGGAAUGAGUGGAUAAAAAGAGACAUCACAGAAAUACCAUGUGAUCAGAAUUUGCCCGACCUCAAUAUAACCUUCAUCGUUAUGGGGGCCUACUGCUUAUACCAAAAGAACACCAAACCUUUUCAGGAUAAGAAUACCUUUUUCUAUAAAUCCCCUUCUUACACAUGUGACGCUGAAAUAUCUGUUGCGUGUAAAAAAGGAAGAAAAUUAGAUUUCCCGAACCAAGAUGAUUUUACUAUUAUCCAAACAAAUCAGUGGAUAUUAAUUAUGGUCUUCGAUGGACAUGGUCCAUCAGGACAUGACAUCAGUAAUUUUGCUCAUGUCGUCCUUCCCCUUCUCUUCUCCUAUAAUAUUGAAAGAAUAUAUGAAAAUCCUGUUCGCACGAUGAAAACGCUAUUCUAUAUGAUUAACUGCUACUUAGUCAAUUAUUCCUACUGCAUUAACAAUAACAUAAAUCCGAUAAACAUAAAUUUCAUCGACUAUAAUUUAAGUGGAACCACUUGCACCAUCAUCCUAUACAAUUUUGAAACGAAAAAAAUUUAUUCCGCUCACACAGGGGACAGCAGAGCAGUUAUGGGGAAGCAGAAUCAACAGACCAAUACCUUUAGGGCGUAUAAUAUUACUGAAGACCAUAAGCCUUCCUUAAAAUUAGAGAAAGAUCGAAUUGUUGCAUUCGGUGGGGAAGUGAAAAAGCUGCAAGGAGAUGUCUCCUACAGAGUUUUUGUCAAAAAUGAAAUGUAUCCAGGAUUGGCCAUGAGCAGAGCCAUCGGUGAUAUAACGUCCUCCUUCAUUGGCGUUACUUGUGAACCCACCAUUAAAAUUUUCGAUAAAUCCGAGGAGGAUAAAUUUAUUAUCGUUGCCACGGAUGGAAUUUGGGAAUUCAUCAGCAGUGAGGAGUGCGUCCAGAUGGUUUCCCGCAAGCGUAAGAAGAAGGUCCACGUUGCGAUGGAGGAAAUUAUCAAGGAGUCCUGGAGAAGGUGGGAGAGGAUCGACACCGUCGAUGAUAUGACGUUGGUAAUUUUAUACUUCUGAUUUGCCACCCGACGUGAAAGCUCAUACGAGGAAGACCUCUAACCGUUCUUAUGUGUGAUCCCCCACCGGGGCAAUUUUUUUUUUUUUUUUAAUGCAAUUUUGAAGUUUCCUUUGUUUCCACCACUUUGCGUUAACUCAUUUUCUGUUUAACAAACUGAGGUAACUGCGCGUGGUUAUAAAUUAUGAAGUCACUAAUUC